UGGAGAUGAGAUAACCUUUCGCUUGGUCUUUCAGUGUGCUUUCUUGCCUGCGGAUAUGUCGAAUAGCUUCACCUUGCCGCUACGGCCGGCGCGACAAAAAGCUAAUCGAGAGGAUGACCUGGCCGUCAAAAUCGCUCAGAUUAACGCCCAAAAGGGUUCUUUUCGAGAUGUCACUGAGGCGAGUCUUCUAGCUGAGAUUGAAGCCGCUCGGGCAGUGGGAGAUGGAGAGGCUGAAGCCGUAGAUGUGAAAACGGGCGAGGAUGAGGAAGAAAACAGAGAAGAAAAGCUAUUCAAAAGCCGGCUUGAGAUUUCACAAUUCGCCAUGAAUGCCCACAUGGAGGCGACUUAUGCGCUUGAAUUUGUUUCCCUGCUUCUAUCCAAGCAUACCCCUCGACAGGCGGAAACGUCCAUGUCUCCGCUUCUUAAACAAAAAGUACCGCUGGGAUCCCUCGGAGCGGACCAUAUAAAACCACCAGAACAAUCGGAAACGCAGAAGAGAGAUGUCGAUGCUGUGUCACGUGGAUGGAAGUUGGAGAGCUUUGACGCGGCGGCGAACAAGUUACUCCAGUCGGCGCAGAGGCUGGAGGAGGACAUCGCAGCUGAAACAAAGUACUGGUCUGAGGUGUUGAAGAUCAAAGAAAAGGGAUGGAAGGUGUGUAGGCUACCCCGAGAGAGACAGACACUAGGAGUUCACUUUGGAUUCCUGGAAUCUACACAAAAUUUUCGGGAUCGAGGAUUGGCUGCUUUGCGAAAAGGGGAGGCGGGGAGAUUGAUUUUGGACCGUGGAAUUCAAUUGAAGCCCCCACGGUUCGUUCGAGUGCGAGUUCAACGGGGAGAUCAAACUCUGGGGUUGACUAUGCCAGCGAUAUCUAAGCAACUCGAUGAUCAAUGCCUAGAUGGUCGAAUCCGCGAGGCCAGAGAUAGCCUGUAUGAAGAAGAGCUGUUCUAUGAACUGAACCGGGAAGCUCGUGUUCUGCUCCAGCACGGAGUUGAAAUCAGACGCGAUCUUAUCAAGUUCCCAGCAGACGAUAACAAACAGAUAUUUGUUGACCUGGUCGGAUUAGACGAAGCGCUUCCAGAGAUUGGCGGGUUGGAUCCCUUGGAUAAUCUUUUGGCCGAAGGUGUUGCCAAAUCCUUCCGCAUCCUCCUUUCUUAUGCCCAUCGGAAAAAUCACCAUCGGCGAACACGUGUGCCGCCGCCAGUGACUCCAAACAAGAGACCGGCCCCCGAAUAUAACAUAAUACGGCCCCUUCUUUGCUACUUCCAGCAUAGAUCGCAUUACCAGUGGUUUACAUCGGUUUUUGGAACUCUAUCAAAGACGUUACGGUCCGCUGGUUUGAAAUGCAGUUACACUCUAUACCCCUUGAUGAAACGUCCUCAAAGCCGCGCCGCCUCCUCUCAGCAAACCUUGACAGUAUCUUCCGUUGAAAGGCUCAUAGACACUCUGAUCAACCCGUCCGAGUUGAUCAUCAGUUGCAAUCUUAUUUCCCAAGGCUCCGUGUUCAGAGUACGAAUCACGACCAAUGUCAACCCAAACGGCCUUGGAUCUGAGUUCGAACUCGUUACGAAUCUUGCCCACUUCCCAGCGCAGCAGUCGCCCUUCCGGUUUGGACUGCGUGAGGAUGUGCGCGAUUUGAUUAUCCACCUCUUUACUUUGGAUCUUGUUUAUUUGGUCCCUUCACUAGUCAAAGGUUCCGCGAGUGCUGGUGCUUCAGAAACUCUGAUCUCUCGGUAUACCGGAUCUCAAGCCUUCGUGGAAGAAGAAUCAACCGAUGAAAAUGAAUUUGCUCCAUCGCCAGCUGCAAAACAGGAUGACGUUUAUUUAUUACCCUGGCAGCCGACGUUUCCCCAGCAAGGCGAGCUGACUGCUUACUCUCCAGCACGUUGUCGCACAAAGAAGCUGCAGAUUCAACUGCAGAGCGAUCAGCUUCAACUCCGAUGUUUCUGGGUAAGACACAGAGGGCCUUCAACUAAGGCAGAUGAGCAGCCUGGGGAAAGACUGUUCACAUGGCGCGCAGUGGACAUGCUGGGAGAAGCGGAAGAGUCCUCGAGGCCUACACUUCAACGGGUGAUGGAACUUUUAGGGGAGAAAUAUGAUGACCAAACUGUCCAAAACAUCGGCAGUAAAUAA